AAGGCUACGGGCCGUUCCGUUGAUCCACGGGGGCAGCUUCGUCUCCCAGCGCAAGGCCACGGUCCGCAUUGCCAACCCGACGCCAGGCAGCAGCGCGGCCUACGCCUCCUCGUCGCAUCGCCUUACUGGCAUCACAUUGCGUUGCGUUGUCCAUGCUCAGUCUUCUGAGACUGUUUCCAAGCACUGCCGUCGAUUCUCUCUCCAACGAAGAUCCCUCUCUCUCUCCUUCUCGAGCGUGAAAUCGGUGGAUUCGGGCUGAGGCGCAAGGAGAGUAGCAAGGAGAGUAGCCGCCGCCAUGAAGACUGUUCAAUGGCUAGCCGUUGGGUUCGUGAUGCUCAUCAUCGUCGAGCUGCUCGUGGUUCCCGAAGUCGAGGCCUGGGGCAGGCGCCGGCGACGCUGGUCCAGUCGUCGUCGCUGGUUGGCACGACGACGUCGCUAUAGCAGCCGUCGUCGUCGCAGCUGGCUGGGCAGAGCGGUGCGCGCCGUGGGAAGCGCCGUGAGCAAAGCUGCGAAAACGGUCGGCAGAGUGGUGCACAAAGCCGUUACCAGUAAGAUUGGCGGCUACAUCAUCAGCGGGGUGAGCUUCGUGAACGGAAUCGUAGGUAACGCGUGCUGCGCGACUGCCGUCACGCCCAUCACGGCCGGAUGCUGCGUAGUGACGCGUGGCAUUGCAGGAGUUAAUUGCGGCCUACAAACAUACCGUACCGCCAAUUUCGUUAAAGAAAAGAAAGCAAAGGAUGCGGCACUUGGGGGUGUCGGUGCUGCAAGUUCUUGCUUCCAGGCGGUCACUGGAUUCACACCAUUGAACAAGGUCACCAAACUCUACAAGGCGCAUAAGGCAGCAAAGGCGGCAAAGCUUGCAGAGGCGGCUUCCCGUGGCCGACGCGCAGCAGAGGCAGAGACCAGCAGCAGCCCCAGCACAGGACGCCCCGUCAAGUGCGGCUCUGCCUUUUUCCCCGCCGACAUUGCCCGAAUCAAGCUGACCGUCUGCACCAUCAUGGAGUUGCGCACCACCUGCUCCAAGAACAAGGCAACACGGAAGGGCUCGUCUGUGCCGCUCAUUUCCCAGCUGAUUCGUCGCGUCAAGACCUUCCUGGGGCAGGUUGCAUUCGCUGUUCGCCAGAAGGCACUCUACGACCUGCUAUCAAAGACAACAUGCGCCAAAGUUGACGUCCUGCCGAUUUGCAAUCCAUCCAAGAUGGAGUUGAAGAAAGAGUUCAAGGGCCUGGAAGGCGCCAACCGCGGAUUCGACCCGAUGACGCAGGUGUGUAGGUACAUCAAUCCGAAAGAGAAGGCGCUCUCCGAGAAGACUUGCUCGGCACGCCUGAAGUACGCCAUGGGACAUCUCAUGGAGGUUUUCAACAAGGUUGUCAUCGACGUGGUCAAGAUGUAUCCCAACGAGUUCAAGACCAAGCUGGCUAAGAACAUUCAGAGCGACAAUCCAAUCGUCGUUCCUGGACCAGUGUCCUUGAAGCCCAAAGCGUGAUGAUCGAUUUGGCUUGUGAUGAUUGAUUGACAUUGUCGUGGUGUGGUGAACUUCCUAUUCAAAGCAUGUCCCGGAUUUUUUUAUAUUUUUUUAUUGAAAAACCACAAACCUUCCAGACAUGUGAAUGUGCACAUGAUUGCUCGUUUCGUGCUGUAUACCUAACUAAAGACGUCAGUAUACGCUUUCUUAGAUAGAACAGAUCUUUCCGCUUGCAUUGGUUAUAACUUACUUUUACUAUGACCUUGCCUGUUCGUUCCACUCAUUUGAUACUUUUUUUAGACUCCA